AUGAUGAAUCCACAUGUUCAAGAAAAUUUGCAAGCCAUCCAUAACGCCUUAAGCAAUUUUGAUACAUCGUUUUUAUCAGAAGAUGAAGAAGACUACUGCCCCCUUUGUAUUGAGCCGAUGGAUAUUACUGACAAGAAUUUUUUUCCCUGUCCCUGUGGUUACCAAAUCUGUCAAUUCUGUUACAAUAAUAUCAGACAAAACCCAGAGUUAAAUGGCCGUUGCCCAGCAUGCCGUCGUAAGUACGAUGACGAGAACGUUAGGUACGUCACACUGUCUCCUGAAGAGCUGAAAUUGGAGAGGGCCAAGCUAGCCAGAAAAGAAAAGGAGAGAAAGCAUAGAGAGAAAGAACGUAAAGAGAACGAAUAUACAAAUAGAAAGCAUUUAUCUGGCACUAGAGUCAUUCAAAAGAAUUUGGUUUAUGUAGUCGGUAUCAACCCUCCUGUUCCGUAUGAAGAAGUUGCUCCCGCUCUGAAAUCUGAAAAGUAUUUUGGCCAAUAUGGUAAAAUAAAUAAGAUUGUGGUAAAUAGAAAGACACCCCAUUCUAACAAUGCCGCCGGCGAGCACUAUCACCAUCAUUCCCCGGGCUACGGUGUUUACAUUACCUUUGCUUCCAAGGAUGAUGCCGCAAGAUGUAUAGCCCAGGUGGAUGGAACGUAUAUGGAUGGUCGCCUCAUUAAAGCUGCAUAUGGUACCACUAAAUACUGCUCUUCCUACCUCAGAGGAUUACCAUGCCCAAAUCCAAACUGUAUGUUUUUGCACGAACCUGGGGAAGAAGCUGAUUCUUUMAAUAAAAGGGAACUACACAACAAACAACAAGCACAACAGCAAGGCGGUGGAACUACGUUUCCUAGAACUGGCAUACCAAAUAAUGUACCCGCCAGUGCAGCCGGUUCAAACACAAAUCUACUGAGUGAGCACUUCAACAGCACACCGUCACCAGCUGCUAUGAGGGCUCAAUUACAUCAAGACAGCCACACAGGUGCAGGGACGCCUGUUUUAACUCCUGCUCCAGUCCCUGCUGGAUCGAAUCCAUGGGGAGUUACUCAAUCAGCUACGCCUAUUGCAUCUAUCAAUCUCUCCAAGAACAGUAGCUCCAUCAACUUGCCAACCUUGAACGAUUCCCUGGGACACCAUACUAUUACCACAACUGAGACUUGUACCACAACUACUACAACUAUCACGAACAACAAUGUCACAACUCACUCCCAUGGCAGCAGCAAGAAAAAGCAUUCUCUUGCUGCGGAAGAAUACAAAGACCCUUACGAUGCGUUGGGAAAUGCCGUCGGUUUUUUGGACACAAGACUACAUUCUCUAUCAAAUUACCAAAAACGUCCCGUAUCUAUCAAAUCUAACAUUGUUGAUGACGAGACCUAUAGAAAAUAUCCGUCAUUAUUUUCCUGGGACAAAAUCGAAACUUCCAAGAGGAGUGAUAACACAUUGGCUAAUAAACUUGUGGAGAUACUAGCUAUUAAGCCAAUAGACUACUCUGCUUCCGUGGUUCAAUUCUUACAAAGCGUGAACGUUGGUGCAAAUGACAGCAUUGCAAUUACUGAAAACAUGAAAGCUUCCUCACAACCAAUAAGACUACAAACCGUGCAACAGCAAAUUCAACCCCCUCUAAAUGUCAGCACCCCUCCACCAGGUAUCUUUGGCCCACAAAAUAAAGUACCCAUGCAACAACAGCAAAUGGGUGAGACAAGCUCAAGGAACUCAUCUGAUCUACUAAACCAACUAAUCAACGGAAGAAAGAUUAUUGCUGGCAAUUAA